CUAAUCGUGACACAACACAACACAGCCUUGCAAAAACGUAACGUUCCAAGCCAGAGAAGCCAUCAUUGCGCGUCUCUCACAUUUUCCCUCAAUCAAAAAUCUCUCUCUCGCUCUCUCUCUCUCUGUCUCUCUCUGCUGAAGCUUCCUUUCCUUUCCUUCACUCCAAGCAAGAGAGAGAUGUUACCCAGAAUCAACAACACCCUGGCGUGGAUGGAACACAGAGGAGACGAAGAAACACCUUCCUGGGCUCAAAACAACAACAACAACAACAACAAUUGCUUUGUAGAGCACAAAGACGAAAUGGGUUCACUCUCUACAUUCAAAUCAAUGCUUGGUGUUGAAGAUGUCGAAGAAGAAUGGUAUAUAACCAACAACAACAUCCAAAACCAAAACCACCAUCCAAUCACUUUCCCAACAAACUUCACUGACGCAGAUAACAACAACAACAACAAUAACAACAACCACAACAUGUUGUUACAGCCGGUGGAUUCGUCUUCUUCUUGUUCACCAUCGUCAGCUUCGGCUUUUACCAAUCUCGACCCAUCUCAGCUACAGUAUUUUCUUCCGCCAAAACCCACUUCCAUGCCUUCUCUCUUCAAUUUGAUGCCCAGUAACUUGAUAGACAACAGUUUUGAUAUGGGUUUUCUCGAUACCCACCAAGGUUUGAGUUCUUUCAACAGGGGAGGAGGUGGGGUUUUGACUGGCUUCACUGAUUUGAGCUCUCAGAUUCAUAUGGCUACUCCCAAUUUGGUCUCAGAUCCUCAAUUUUCAACUACCCAUUUGCUUCAAUUGGCCCAAAACAACAGCACAGUGGGUGCAGGUGCCGGUGUCGAUUUCGGGUUUCGGGGUUUUGAGGAGGCUUCUGGGAAUUCUUUGUUUCUAAAUAGAUCGAAAUUGUUGAAGCCACUUGAUAAUUUUGCUUCAGUUGGAGCACAACCAACUCUGUUUCAGAAAAGAGCUGCUCUCAGGAAGAGCUUGACCAACAAUGGGGCUAGUUUGGGGGUUUUGGGUAUUGAAGGUUGUGGGAUUGGAAGCAAUGGUGAAGGGUAUAAUGGGCAAAUGGAAUUGAGUAAUGUGAAUGAGAAGAAGAGGAUGAACAUCAAUGAAGAUGAUUUUGAAGAUGUGAGUAUUGAUGGGUCGGGGUUGAACUAUGAUUCAGAUGACUUUAUGGAGAACAAUAAGGUGGAAGAGAGUGGGAAAAAUGGUGGCAAUAGCUCGAAUGCGAAUAGUGCUGUUACCGGUGGAGAUCAGAAAGGGAAGAAGAAGGGGCUUCCGGCCAAGAAUUUGAUGGCGGAAAGGAGGCGCCGGAAGAAGCUCAAUGACAGGCUUUACUUGCUGAGGUCUGUUGUUCCAAAAAUUAGCAAGAUGGACAGGGCUUCGAUUCUUGGGGAUGCGGUUGAAUACCUGAAGGAACUUCUGCAGAAGAUCAGUGAUCUCCACAACGAACUCGAGUCGAACCCUCCGGGCUCUUCAUUGACACCUACUGCCACAAGCUUCUACCCUUUGACACCAACCCCACAUUCCCUGACCAGCCGCAUCAAGGAAGAGCUUUGCCCAGGUUCAUUGCCGAGCCCAAAUGGACAACCUGCAAGGGUAGAAGUAAGGCUAAGAGAAGGAAGAGCUGUUAAUAUCCACAUGUUUUGUAGCCGCAAACCGGGUCUCUUGCUCUCAACUAUGGGGGCUUUGGAUAACCUUGGGCUAGACAUCCAACAAGCUGUUAUCAGCUGCUUCAAUGGGUUUGCAUUGGAUAUCUUUCGGGCUGAGCAAUGCAGAGAAGGCCAAGACCUCCAUCCUGACCAAAUCAAAGCAGUGCUCUUGGAUUCAGCCGGCUUCUUGGCUUGAUCUUGGUUUCUUCGUCAACCAAACCUGAGUUGCAGCUUGGCUUAUGGACUGUAUUGCCUUCUCCAAAGGUUCAGUCAUGCAGUUGUAUGCUUUUUCUUACUCAUGUCGACAGAUCAAUCAAGCGACUUAGCGAACGCAAGUUGUUCAUAGCUUGUGGAUUGACUAGUAUCAACAUCUAUUAAGCUUCUUUUUUUUCUUUUUAGAUAGAACAUCUAUUAAGUUUUUAAAGCAUAGAAAACUUGUAUUAUCUUUUUUGUUGGAUUUAAAAUAAUUUUCUGUUUGAAUUACCAUGCUGUUUUAGUUGGGUAUUUUGAUAUCGGCUUAAUUUCAA